AUGCUCUCUUCGUUCUUCCCUGUUGCUGUUCCUCUUGUGCUCGCCGGUCAAUCACUCGCGGCCACGUACUCGCUCGUCAAAUCAACUGAGGGCAAUGCCUUCUUGACCGACUUCAAUGUUAUCAGCGAGCCGGAUCCGACUGGUGGUCUUGUCGAUUACGUCAGCCUCGCAGACGCGCAGAGUCUUGGUCUCGUCUCCGUCGUCAACGGCAACUUCCGCACUAAGGCCGACGCCACGACGGUCCUGACCGGUGGUGCAGGCCGCAAGUCUGUGCGCAUGGAAUCAGUCGCUACCUACGACAAGCAUGUUACGGUAUGGAACGUGAAUCACAUGCCGACCGGAUGUGGUACUUGGCCAGCCUUAUGGGAAUACGGAGCGAACUGGCCAUAUACUGGCGAGGUUGAUAUUCUGGAAGGUGUGAACGACCAAGGCCCUAACUCCAUGACCCUGCACACGGGUCCUAGCUGCACCAUGCCUACAUCGCAAAGUAUGCUCGGUACGUUUAAGGCUGGUGAGACCGACUGCAACUCCGGUACCGGCUGCAGUGUCUCUUCGGGUGUGUCCAAGUCAUACGGCCCUGACUUCAAUGCCAACGGCGGUGGAUUCUUUGGCAUGGAGCGCACGGCGGACUUCGUCAAGGUCUGGUUCUGGCCGAGAGGGUCGUCCAUACCGUCUGAUGUCAGCGCGGGUGGAAGCACCGUAAACACGGACAACUGGGGUACCCCUGACUCUUACUUCCCCAACACCAACUGCAACAUUAACUCUGAGUUCGGCCCCCACUGGCUGACUAUUGACUUGACCUUCUGCGGUCAAUGGGCCGGUCUUUCUGAUGUCUACGCUGCAUCUGGGUGCCCCAGCACCUGCAACGACUACGUCAGCAACAACCCGUCGGCAUUCGCCAAUGCAUACUUCGAGUUGCCUUGGGUCAAGGUGUACCAGUAG